AUGGCUAAGAGUGUAAGGUCGACGACGCAAAGCAAGAAAAGCGAGCCAAAGGCUGCUAAAGCGGUGAAAGAAGUAGUUGAAAAGGUGGAGGAAACUCUACAAGGCUCAGGUUCUGAGUCUGAGUCUGAGUCUGAUAUCGAGGGGUUCCACAGUGCCAGCGAGAAUGAGGAUGAGGAUGACAGCAGCGACGAUGAGGGCGAAGAAGUGCAGGUGGAGUUGAAGCAAGGCAGCCAUACGAUCAAGAAGUUGGAUCCUAAGAAACAGAGCGAAAUGGACAAGCAAAAGGCCAAGAAGGACAAGAACGCCGACGUGUCGGGGAUCUUAUACGUUUCCAGACUACCCCAAGGUUUCAAGGAGCGUGAAAUGUCGAAAUACUUUUCUCAAUUUGGUGAUUUGAAGCAGGUGAGACUGGCCAGAAACAAGAAGACCGGGAACUCGAGACACUACGGGUUCAUCGAGUACAUCAACAAGGACGACGCUGUGAUUGCCCAGGAGGCCAUGAACAACUAUUUGAUUAUGGGCCAUUUGCUAAAAGUGAAGGUCUUGCCCUCUGGAAGCUCCAUCGACAAGCUUUUCAGAUACAAGAAGAAGCCAUUCAUCGCCAGCAAAGCAACCAAGUCUGCUACCGACCUAAAGAAGCGUGCGAGCGAAAAACACGAGGACAGAAUCGCCAAGCUAAACGAAGCAGGUAUCGAUUUUAAGUUUUAA